CUGGCUGAAAAUGAUGGAUCUGUAGAGUUAAUGUGGGUCGAAAAAGAAUCCAAACGUGUCCAUGUUUUUGUUGCUAUUUUACACGUUAGAGACAUCAGACGAUUCGUCCAUGUAAUUAUUGAAACAUGGAUGCCAUUUUAGAUUGCGUUGAUGAAAUAGCAUUGGAUGGUUUGGACGGUUGUCCUAUACAGGAGCUGUGGAAACACCUAGAAAAAAGAAGACCAUCAUUUCCUUUACCACUUGAUGAAAAUACAAAGCAGUUCUUAUGGAAGGGAAUCACAAAAUUCCACGAUGUUGACUUUUUUGCCCUUCCAGAGCCUUUUCCUCACAUAUUUGGCAAUAGUCAUGAAGAGGGGAGUGAAGAUAAGGAUGCAAACCCUGAGCAAAAGAGCUCUCUUGAUCAGUUUCCAGGGCCACUUAGAUACAGUUGUGAGUUUAAGCUCAUUUCUGACCAAGAAAGUGGAAUAAGAGGUUCCUGUCCAAGUUAUCAUGUGCGCAAGAAUAUAUCAGAGGAGAUAAGAGGUUCUUUGAAUAGAGAUUGUUUCGACUUAAAGACUGCUUACGAAAGGUGGGGAGACUGUCUUGUUAUGGUUGCCUCUCAGGAAGUGAGGGAAAAAGCCAUCCUUGGAUUGGAUUGUGAUCCAAAUGUUCCACUGUCAGACAUACAGUACUGUUUGUUGGAGCAUAUUGGACAAGCAAGAUAUAAUGGACGCAUGCAGAAAUACAUCAGCUCUAAUUUCUUUAAGGUUGAAUCAAGGACAACAUUUCAUCAUCUGAAAAUUUUGCGCAAAGCUCAUUUAGUAACUAUGCAGAAUGUUGUUGUUAGUACAACUGAUCCUGUGAAGAAUGUGAGUAAUGCCAUAACCAAUGUGGUGAGAUUAAAAAGAUUCCAUGUACAAGAGCACCACAAGUAUGAUGUGCUGGCAUCUAGACUGUGCAAGCUGUUAUUAGAUUCACCAAAUCAGGAAUUACCGUUGAUUGAGAUUCAAGAACAUUUUACUGAAUUAAGGAAAAAGGGCCUGAGGAAAGUACGGCAGUUUUUAGUACAGGCAGGAUAUGCUGUGGAAGAAAAAAUUGGAGCAUCUCCUGAUGGAGCAGAUGGCAAUGACUGCAGUCCACCAAAAAAGAGGAAAAGGAAAAAUGAAAAAUCAUCUGCAAUCCCUAAUGUUCACACAACAAAAAUGCGACUUCUCAAACCUUUUAUUUUGAAAACCAGUAACAUUCAGAAGCCAGAUGGUGGGGAAAAUGAUGAAGAUGAUGAUGAUGAUGAAAAUGAUGAUGAUGAUGAUGAUGGUGAUAAUGAUGAUGAGGAACAGAAUGUUGAAGGAGAUGACUCUUUGCAAAGUGAUGAUUAUGAGUCAAAUAUUAUUGCUGAGAGACCUUUGAUAACUCAGGUUUACAAGAUUAUUGAACAGGCAGGACCACAUGGAUUGACUCUGUCACAAUAUCGUAGAGCUUGCAAGCUUCCUUUUGCUGAUGUCAGAGCUUUUGUUAAGAAUUUGAAGAAAAAGAAUUUAGUCCAUGAGGUUCAUCAAGCUGUAAAAAAGCAAACAGUUGCCUGGUUUGUGGCAGCUCCAUUCAUGGAUAGCAAUGUACAAGCAGUAAAAGUGAGACAAAUCAGGGAUGAACUAAAAAAAAUGGAGACUAAAGCAGCAGAUGUGAGCAUCACAGAAGGUGGACCUGUUCUUACAUUCAUCCAUCAGCAGUAAUGACUCUGAAGUUGCAGUUAUGUUGGAACAGUGUCGUGUUAGACUUAGAGAUCAGAUGUUUAAAGAUGCAGAGAGAGAGGAAAAAGCCAGGCAGAUCGCAGAAGAAAAAGAAAGAAAAAAACUUGAAAAAGCAGCAUCUGUUGAAGAAGAAAAGCAGAGGAAGAAAAUUGAAAAGAAAGAAAAAGAUGCACUGAAGAAAGCACAACAGCUUCAUGAAAAGACUGACUCAAAGGAAGACAGUACACCAACAAAACCUCAAUUCACGCAUUCAACUCAAAAGUAUGGCCAUUUGCCUAGAUUUCCAAGACUACAGUUGAUUCAUGAAUUAUUAUGGCAGCUUGUUUAUGGUGAAGUUUCAUCAGACACAAGUGAUGUGGAUGAGCCUGGAGCCAGUGACACUCAAGAAGAAGCGUUAUUUGAGAGUGACGAUCCAGCAGCAACAGAGAAUGAGGAUUAUGAGUGGAUUAAACACUUAAAACCAAUGAAUAAAGUGUGUGAUGAGGCAGGAGAGCCACUUCAAGGCUGGUUUCGUUUGGCUGAUGUGAUGCCAGUGAUGCCUUUAAACAUACUUUGCAAAACAGUUGAUAUAACUGAGGAGGUGGAAGGUUUUGAUGAAUAUGCUUUUGAUCCAGUGAAAAAGUACACACUUUUCUGUGAUCUUCCUCAGCAAUUAAGGAUCAAACUUAAGGAAACUCGGCGAUACCAUCCAGCACCACUUGAGCUUCUCUUGUGCCUGUGUCAAAUGGGUUUAGUCACUCCAGCUAAACCAUUCCCUCACAGUUUUAACCAUAUAAGAAUGUUUUUGCACAAGGGCACAAGACUAUUGGAUACCACAACAUCUCUAAAGAACUACAGGACUGCGCUUCCUCCAGCAGGCAAACCGUUUGUAUCACGUCGUCACAUGUUCUCGAACACUGUUGCUGUCAAAAAUUUCUGGACUGACUUGAAAUGUGUUUGUCUCAACACACCCUUAGGUGUAGUAAAGGUCGAUGAAGGAGCUCCUGACCAAAGUAUGUCUUCUAUGAAGAACAAAAGACUUUUCCACUUCGCUCAAGAAGAAGUAGAUGAAGACAAAGUGGAUCUUCCCCCCGGAGAUCAGCUAGGUGCUGCUGGUCUGGACAGGUGUUUUUUCAGUCACUUGAAGAGGAACUGGACACGAGUAAUGACAGCGUCAACACGGAAAAUACCAAAAGCAUCAGCUAGUGCAGCAAGUGGUGAGAGUGUUCAGAACACUGAUACUGCUGGUAACCAAGGAGGAAAAACUUUCUGGAGCAUCGGAAAACCUGAAAUGAAACAGCAAGCACACAAAGAAAAGAUUAAGCAACAGAAAAAGAAGCGUAAAAGGAAAACAGAUGAUGUACAAGAGGGUGAGAAAGAACUUGCCAGUGCAAAGAAAAUGAAAACUGUUAACACCGCUGAAAAGAAACAAGCUGGAAAUGCUCGAGAGAAGACCAAAAGAAAAGAAGAACAUUCCUGUAAAACUGGCCAUCUAAAUGCGAUCGAUGACGAAGACAGGAACAUUUUGGCCAAGAAAGUAAACGAAAGAAUCUCAUUUUCCCAUGAGGAGGACAGCUGGCUACUACUGUUCCGAGUUGCGCUUGGAAUGAUGAAGAGUGAAACAUCACGGUACAAUCCUUUUGUUUGUAUGAGGAACAUCUUGCACAAAGAAUGUGCGUCAAGCUUUGACAAGACGGCCCCCAAUAUUCAGCGCAGAAUUUUAAAACUGAUGAAAAGUCCUCAGUCACAGAUGACUGUAAAGAUAUGUUCAGCGGAGUGUGCACAUGAUGAGCUCUUCCAGUUUAGUUUGUGAUGGAAACGUUACGCUGGUUUCUUCUGUCAAAGAACUUUAUGACAAGUACAGAGUACAGGUCAUGGCCUCUAAGCAGUUUCAGACAUUUUCUCCCGAUGACAGUGUUUUGUCGCUCGGACCCAGUAUCAGGUGUGUCAGUGAUAUAAACAAGGCGGCCAUUAGAGAUCAGAUUCAGAUCGCCUUCACAACGCCUCAAGAAUCAUACGAUGCCUACAGAGUUUUUCAGAUGUUUAACUCAUAUUCAAGGGAAGAGCUUGAAGAUGUGUUUAAAGAGAUGCAGAAAAAGAAUCUGGUCAAUAGAAAGAAAUCGAUUGAAAACCCUGGUUUUCAGUUCACUCGCGCGUUACCAUUUGCUUCAAUGACGUUCCAGCUUAGUUCUGUGUAUCAUCGAUUAUUCAUGCAUGGCUUUAAACUUGUGACAUUCUACAGAGACUGCGCUCACUUUUGGAAACAGCUUGUGAAAGGAGAACAGCACAAAUUAAAUAAAGAAGAAGACAGUGACGACAGGCUGGAGCAAAAAGCAGCUUCUCUUACCCCUGGUUUAAUAGAAUUUAAGCAAUCACGCGCACUCGGUGGACAUGUCGCUUGCAUCCUGUCUCUACUCACCACCGACAAGUUAUCUGUUGAUGUGAGCAUUCCUGAAGAGGUGUUGAACUGUGACUCGUCAGGGCUAUCAGAGAACGUCGAGCUAAAGUCAAGUCAAGCCACUGGUGGAAGUGGUGAACCAGUGUCUAAGGACGACGCCUCAUCAGAGAAAGGUAAGACAAGAACUUCAGCGAAGACAAGAACUCCUGGCAGUGCUGGAAUAACAGAGAAGAAUCAGCCGUCAACAGCCCAGGGUGCCAUGCCAAGUAAGAGCAGUGAUACGGUCGAGUCAGCCCCAGCUGUAAAGCAGUCAGCGUCCUCUUCCAAAGCAAAAUCCUCAGAGAAAAGUUCAAAAGGAAAACGGCCAAAAAGACGAGAAGUUUUUACCUUGAGGAUAUCAUCAUCAUCAACUGCAACAAGUUUCACAACUCCAUAUGAUCUGACAGCUGUGACGGACUCAAGCAACUAUUUGACAAGUUACACUGAGGAAUGUGAGGGACAAUGUACCGAAAGACAGAGUAGUAAAGUAUCCACUGUACCGGUGGCAUCUCUGUCCUUCAGCGGCACAUCCCGCUCAUCAAGAACUGCACUGAUGUUGGCUCGGGGUGGGAAGGACCCAUAUGCAUCCAUGAAUCAGCUCUCAGCUAGGGCUGUUAACACUCACGACUUCAUGACUUUGAAUCCAUGCAAAAAUGUGUUGAAAUUGAAAGAAGACUCUUCGGCACACGUAGCAGUUUAUAGCGCUGCUGAAAAUAGACCCAGUACCUCCGCGACCUCUUCUGACGAAGGGAUUUCAGGUUAUAGAACUUAUCCCGUUAUUGUUUCCGUGGAAUUUUCAAUAGACGAUUAUGUUAAGCUCAGUAAGGAAGAACUGGGCUUCACUGAAAUUGAUUUAGUAAUGGCAAGAAUCAUUUACGAGGCUGUUGGAGAGAAAGGAGAGUUUGGUGUGACUGUGAAAGAGUUACAGACGAAAAUCCAGGAGAAACACAAACAUGAGCUAACUUCAUCACAGUAUUCUCUUGCAAAACAUGUGACGUACAUGUGCAAAGCAAAACUGCUUUACAGAGUUGGUUUGUUUGAGGAAUGUCUUGUCACUGCAAGCUUUGUAAAACCCUGGUGUGUGACUGUCCUCAAGCCCAAGGUUUCUGAGCAAUUGCAAAGAGAGGUACCCAAACAUACUGAAGACGCUACAACUGCUGGGAACUCUUUGUCAGAGGCCUGUGUCUCGUUAAAGCAACAAGAACCUACCGAGGAAGACCAAGAUGCAAGUGAAGAAACGAAAACUAACCAGAAUAAUUCUGAAACUGAAAAAUCAAAUCCUGCCGGUCACCCAGAAACUAAUAAUGGCACUGCUUCAAUUGAUGACGCUGAUCACCUUGAAAAUACUGGGCUUUGUAAAGGAGGGACAAACGAGACAGCAGAAGAAGGGAAAAAACCGGAAAAAGGAAAGAAAUACAGAAUCAAUAAUUAUGAUCAAUAUUCCGUGGUGUGCCGCCCAUGGAUCACAAUUGAUGGUGACACAAGUCAACGGCUAUUGCGCAUGUUUCGAGAGAUGGUUCUUAUGUUGAUUCUUGGGAAUCCAGGGAUAUCACAGAGCCAGAUUGCUAAGCAUUUCUUUGAAGCCUUACGGCCAGUCGCAUUGCAAGAUAUACUUGAGGUAUGAAUAAA